AUGUUAAAAUUAACAGGAAAGCAGGCAAUAAAUGAAGAAAACUUUGCAAAACAUAGAGUUAUUUUGAAAAACAUUAAUUACCAGAUCAUUAUUACUGGCAUUCGAGUAAAGUUAGUUAUAUUAGCAUCUUGUUUUUCCCAAAUAUAUGAUGUCAGACUUAAAAAAAGCAUGGCAGCAAUGGCUAAAGUUUUGUUUGCACGUGUUGUACAUAAGAAUUGGGACCACGACUUAACUAAAUUGAAUAUUUACCUUCAGAAAAUACAAGAAAAAUCAAAUAAUUUGAUUUUUUUCCAAAAUUUGCUUUUCAUAUUCUCGAAAAGUGACUUUUAUUCCUCCAUCAUCUAUUCAUCCGUACUCACUCUUUGGAGAGAAGUUCGUGCCCAUCAAGGUGGGGAGUCCAUCUUACAUACUCUAGUUCUACCGGAGAUAAGACCAAUAGAUAAUUUUGAUUUACAGCAAUUACCGAAAUUGUAUUUAAGUGUUGACUGUGACUUCGCCGAGCAGAAAAAUGGGAUUGGUAGCAUAUUGUUUGUUCCGACAGUUAGUGCUUCUUGCAACACAACUCAGGUAGAGAAACUUAAGGGUAAGGCCAAACGAUUGAUACAAAAAAUGAAUGAAUCGAAAGAUUCAUUGGAGAUUCGCUUACUGAGCUUGAUCAUGAUAAUAAAAGUGCUACAAGAGUUGUUGACAUUCGAUGUGAUGAAUGGAUGGAUGGAAUUAAAUUUUAUUGAGGUUUUCUCUCAUAUUACUUUUUAUGCACCUUACUGUAAUAAGAUUUACAAAUUUAAGGAAAUUCUGCCAGGGAGAUCACCGUCAAUAAAAGAAGGCAAAGAGUUUUUAGAUGGGAAUAAGCAUCAUUUCCUAAGCACUUUGAUUACAGAUAAACAAAUUCAUAAUUCGUUUUUUGUCCCGUUUUUACAGUAUUGUGCAGGAGUAAGCAAAAAUGAAGUGUUAUUUUAUUUGACUGUUUUUCCUGAAGUAUAUAUCAGUCUUAAAUACUUCCACAAUUUAUUUAGAAAUUUUGAGGCCAAAUUGAACUGGCCUGACGACAUUUGUACAAAUGCAAGUGACCCCGCAGUAAUUAUCUUCGUGUUUAAUAUCAACUGCGCUUUUAAUCACUGUAACCUGUAA